AUGAAAUCGGAUUACUCGGACGUAAUCGACUUGACUGGCUUUCCAUCUUUGUACUGCCCAGAGAGUGUUAUUCUUCAUAAACUAUUUAAGAGAUAUGGACAUGAACUUCGUAUCGCGGGGGGUGCCGUGCGAGACGUAUUGCUGGGGUUUGCACCAAAAGACAUUGACUACGCGACAGAUGCCACACCGGACCAGAUGAUUGAUAUUUUCACGAAAGAAAACAUUCGCGUUCUUAAUCGAAAUGGUGAAGCCCACGGGACUGUUACUGCGCGCAUCAAUGACAAGACCAACUUUGAAAUAACCACUCUGAGAAUCGAUACGGAACCAGACGGACGACAUGCAAAGGUUGUUUUCACCGAUGACUGGCGCCUGGACGCUGCUAGACGGGAUCUAACCGUGAAUUCCAUGUUUCUUGGUGUAGAUGUGAAUCAUUUUCUCGAAGACGGCUAUUUACCUCGUGGUUUCGUUGGUGAUAAAUCGGGGGUCACUGGUCGGCUUUUUGACUUUUUCGGUGGUCGAGAAGACUUAGAAAAACGCCGGAUAAGAUUCGUUGGUGAUCCGGUUGAUCGAAUCCGAGAAGAUUAUCUUCGAAUUUUACGGUAUUUUCGAUUUCACGGUCGUCUUUCAAAACCUGAGGACGAUGACGCACAUGAUGCCGAUGUACUCAAGGCGAUCGCGGAAAACUGUCAAGGACUAGGGCGAAUCGCGGGGGAACGUUGUUGGAUGGAACUAAAGCAAAUUUUGCUGUAUCGAUCCACGCCGGCCCUUUUUCGUCGUAUGCGUGAGGUCGGUUUGUUUCCCUACCUGGGUCUGCCGGAAAACGCAAAAUUGUCGGAGAUGGAUAACAUCUGGCACCGAGAUAUUCUGUCACGAGACCCGAAUCCGGCCACCUGUUUGGCAUCCCUGUUGUCCACGUUGGACGAGAUCGAAACUCUCAACGUUCGACUAAAACUAUCCAACUUUGAAACGACCAUACUGGCCUACAUUGUUAAAUAUCGGGACCAAUGUGUUUCGCUUGUGAAUCCUGUGGAGGCUCUCAAUCACUACAAACGCCAGUUUUUGCUGACUCGCGAAGCACCCAACAAGAUACGACCGGUUCUCGGUGAAAUGAUGCGGUAUGUCGGUGUACAACCCGAAAUCAUGGCAGAUUGGGAAGCUUGGGAACCGCCCAAAUUCCCUUUGAAUGGACACCAACUACAACAAGCAUGGUCCAUACCCGCUCGCGAAAUGCGAUCACAUUUGCUGGCUCUACGUGAAUUGUGGGUCGAUUCUGGCUGUACCGUGACCGCGGAGGAGUUGUUAUCAGACAGCUCGCGUAAACAGAUAAAUGUAAAGCUGCCAGAACUAGUCGAGACCGGUGCUAGUGAGACGCAAGUGAGAGUGAAGAAACCAAAGCGUUAA